AUGCUUUUCCUUUUCCUUGUCAUCAUGAUCUUUCUCCCCCAAAGGUAUUGUAUCGAAUCAUCCACGUUCAUCCCCGUAUCUGUUUGGUACCUCAAGCUGGCGGAGAGCAAUGGACGUUUGAUCAUGGACCGACCCAAGGUACCCAAGAACGUGGUUUAUUCCGAAUGGCAAGAUGAACAAUCUAGGUUACAAGGUGAGAUAGUGAUUGAGAAGAUGAAGCAGUAUAAUCUGGACGUUUCAAAAUCUACAAAGUCUGGUUUUCACAAGUGGUGGAAGGAGAGGUACGGGACCCUCAUACCCAUCCGGAUCGAAUACUUUACUAGGAAAUACGGGCCAUUGUUCGAGCGGGAAGUUCCUUUCUGGUCCUCUCAAGCCAUCGUGUACAAUAACAGUAACCGUCGACAAGUGGCCGAAAGACGUAGGGAUCCCAUCCGUCCGAAAACUUUGACUCUCCCUUGGUCAUCUCGCUUAUCCUCCUCUUCAGGUCUGGGAAGGAGCCAUGAUCGUGUUUCUAGUUUGGACACUGGGUAUUCCGCUUCCUCUGCUCUGGAUACCAGCAGAGCCAGCAGAGAACGAAUAUACUCUAUUCCUGGUGGUUCUGAAAGGAGAGAUCAACGCGAAAGAUCAGAUCAUGCCUCCUCUCCCAUCUCCGUUAUAGCCACAACAACAACGCAAGGCAUGUCAGACCAAACACGGUUGACACACGUCGAAAACGACUCGGACUCUGGCCCUGGACGAAGUUUCAUAAUGACCCAAGACACGGAUAAAAGAUCCAGUCCGGGGGUUAUGCUCGCCAGUCUCAAGAAGAGGAAAAGAGACAAAGACGUAGACGUUGCCCACCCCAUCCCCCACUCCGAACCCGAAACCCGAACCCGAAGAAAGAUAUCUUCUUCCCUCUACAUGUCCAAUAUUCGACUGGAAGAAAGAGAUUUUAAUUUCCGACGGCUUAUUGAAAUUGAACAAGAAACAAACACCGUCAAUCCUUUGGACAUGUUGGCAUUAGUAGCGAUGGAUAAACCUCCUUCUCUUCCUUUACCUUUACCUCCUCAUCCACAUCCGAUUCGCCCGAUCUCCCAGCUAAGGCUGACACGUCCUACGAACCAAAUCAGGAUAGAGUACAGAGGGUCCUUGAUAUGGACAUCCGAUUGGAAACUCAUGCUUCCUAACGCCAUCCGUGCCCGAUCAACCUGGAAUCUCUUCCAAGUCGACGUCUCUCUCCAUCGUCUUUUUCCUUAUCAUCUUUCAUCCAGUCCCAGUCGUCCCAGUCACAAUCUUGCACCCCACACCGUCCAUCCAUCGUCCGUAGAGACCACUCACCCUCCCACUUCCACUUCCACUUCCACUCCCACUCCCACUCCCACCUCUCCGUCUCCCGCGACGAUGCAACCGCCCCACGCACACCGAUCGACCGAGGAAAAUUCGCCCGGUCGGUUGGUAGAUCGGUUGGAAGAAAGAGGACCCAUGUUGGAUUUUACCGCCGUGAGAAGAAUCUUAACCCCUGAUCACGACACGGGGAAAGGGACGGAUCCAGACUUUGAAAGAAAGAUUCAUCAGUUGAAAGUCAUGGCCGCUUGGUUGAAAGUAGUCAUACGUCGACCUUGGAGAAAAAGAUCAAAAUCAAUGAAAACUCAACAAGAACCUAUCGUCGUUGGAGUUUUGGUAGGUGAAAAAGGACCUAGGUAUAUAUUACCACCAAAUUUCAAACAAUCCCGUCUACAAGAUGGAAUCAUUUACCUCGCCGUGUGUCCUUUCGUAUAUGAAGAAGAAACAAAUGUGAACGCCCGACUAUCAUCACGACUUGUCACCGGUUGGACGGAAGAUGAACAUGAGGAGAGAAGAGACCAAAGUGAAAUAUCUUGGAUCGUCACUGUGGUCCGGCGGAUAUCAAAAGAUGGUUAUUCCCUCGGACGACGAAUGGAUGAAUCUCUCCGACAACGACGUAUAGGUGAGGAUGAUUCUGAGAGAGAUUGCAAGAAAUGUUCAAGGUACGAAAUGAACAAGCUGUUUUUGUCAAUGGGUUCAUCGGAAAAUGAUUUCAUCUCGACCAUGUUCGAUCCUGAUUUUUCAUCGACGAGAAUUUGCAAAGUGAACAAUGGCAAUCGUCGUAUCGAUCAAAUCGUAAAGGACAUGAAACGUACGAUGAAUCAGGUGGAAAACCUUGACGAAAUGUUGCUAGGGAAAGACCAAGAAGAAGAUGAUAGACCGAGUAGUGGUGAACAACACAAACACGUUGAUUUCGAUGACGACCCACAUGUUCGACUACCCAUGUUCAUACACGAGAGCGGAACAAGGACAAGGCUCGAUCUCGAUCCUCUGAUCAAAGCUUGUUUAGUGGUAGAACACGCACUUUUGUCUUGCUCACGAGAUGACACAGAGUUAGCCGGCUGCAAGGAGGGUUUGCGAGUCGAUGACACUGACACUGAUACGGUCGAUCUGGGAGAUCUGGGGGGGGACCCAAGCGCAGAACUGUGGGCUAGGUUGAUAGUGUUGAUCCUCGAACUCAGGUUCGAAUUCCAGAACGAAGAUAGAGAAGGGGGGAAAAGUGGGGGUGAUGAGUCAGAGUCUGAUUCAGGGGAUGAUAUCUAA